GAGGAGCCCCGCGACCUUCCCGCCCGCCCCCGCCGCCACCAUGAUGGAGGAGAUAGACCGGUUCCAGGUGCCCGCCGUGCGCGCCGAGAUGCAGCCGCUGGAUCCAACCGCUGCAUCUAUUUCGGACAGAGACUGUGAUACAAGAGAGGGAGAGACUGUAGCCAUGAACUAUAAGCCGUCCCCACUCCAAGUGAAAUUAGAGAAGCAGAGGGAGCUGGCUCGGAAGGGCUCUCUGAAGAAUGGCAACAUGGGAAGCCCAGUUAAUCAGCAGCCCAAGAAGAACAAUGUGAUGGCACGGACAAGGCUCGUCGUUCCCAACAAGGGCUAUUCGUCAUUAGAUCAGAGUCCAGAUGAAAAGCCACUGGUAGCCCUGGAUACAGACAGUGAUGAUGACUUUGACAUGUCCAGAUAUUCCUCCUCGGGAUACUCAUCAGCUGAGCAGAUCAACCAAGACUUGAACAUCCAGCUGCUGAAGGAUGGGUACCGGUUAGAUGAGAUCCCAGAUGAUGAGGACCUUGACCUAAUCCCCCCUAAAUCGGUCAAUCCUACCUGCAUGUGUUGCCAAGCCACCUCCUCCACUGCCUGUCACAUCCAGUAGUGAGGCCGGCAGGCUGUGAUCAGUGCUUUCCACUAUAACUGUAAAACUUAACAGCCAUUGCUUCCUCCUAUGGUAGGACGUGCACCUCUUUGUGUUCAUGGAGCCAGGAGAAACCCAAAAAUUCAUUUUAUGAUAGAUUGAUAAGUUAUUUUAAACUAUUGUUAAACAAAAAACAAGUUGCUCAAAGUGCCAGGCAAUGCCUGACAGAACUGACUGGUCUGAAAAGUGAAUGCAGAAGGGUCGAGAGACCAUUCUGGGGGAUUUGUAGGCACCAGAGAUAUUUCGUAAGGUGUUAGUUCCAGAACAGAAAGUUGGGCUACAGUUAAUCCUACCUGCAAGACCAAGAGGUGUCAAGGGGUUUUACCUGAGGUCAGUUCAUAGUUCAUUCACUAAGCAUGAUUUGAUCUGUGUAACCAAAAUUGUACCACAACAGAGGCACAAAUGGCAACAGAAUAGGGCAUCCUUUCUUAGGGCAGCUCUAGCUAGGACUAACACAACACAAUUCAUUCACUUGCAAAGAGGGCGAAUAGGUGGCAUUUCACUGUGAGUCAGUACUAGCUAGAACUGUUGUGUCACGUAUCCAAUGCAGUCUUCCUUUGGCACCACAUUAUCUCCAAACACAUCACAUUUGAUCUACAAUCCAUCCAUGCUCUGAGGGGAUUCAGUCUUUGACUGAGAAUGCCAUACUCAUGAAUUCAGUUAUACCGACUUCAGCUUAUACUUAAUUCCUGUGAGACCCAUUUGUUUCCAAAAGUCUCCAACUUUGUUCAACUAAGAAAAAAUGAAACUUGCUAAGACAGGAACUGAAGGUCAGUGCCGAAAAAGCUAGUAGAAGAAAGCAUAUUUUUACAGAGCUUGGCUGUUGAUAUUCUUUUGACACUGCAUCUCCUGGUGCUUGUGGGAGAGAUUUGUUAACCUUGUGAUGUCAGACUUCAAGGGAGUUUUAAGCAACAGAAGGAUAAUGAGCAGAUUCAGCUGGAAAAAAAAAAAAGCCACAGGAGGAAACCUUUAUUUAUCACAUCUCUCCCCACCUGUGAACCAACCAAGGUUUGUUAGAGCUGUCCCACAUCAGGACCAAUUGUGUCAGGAAACCUGGCAUUACAUUUCCUUUCUGGACUGAAUUGCCAGCUCACCAACAGAUUGUUUUCAACACAAAAUGAUGUCUGGAAUUAGGAGACAUGUCCUUUCCUGCUCAUCUUUACACUGCUGGCUUCAGAAUACAUGGGACACAGAUGGUGGAUGACCUGGCUUCAUUCUCUGAUGCCACAAGAUCUUUGACACAAGAACAACUGUGUCCUUUUCUGCUCAGCCAGAAAGACUGCCUGCAUUACACCAGCACUUGCUUUAGAGACUGGUGGAGGGAAAAAGUUAGGGCAGUUUUGAAUUUCCUAUCAGAAUUCCCUGGGCUACAAGAAAGAACCAUGCCUCCACCCUGAGGUACAGAUCUCCUGCCUCAUAUUUACACAUCAUGACCUGAUUCUUUAAGAAGUCUCAUCUCUCUCAGUGAUGAAAAGGCCCCUUAACACCAUGGGUAUUUUUCUGUGCAGUACAAGUCAUGAUGUCAUGCACAGCAUAAGCGUAAGAACAAGCAUUCAGGACUCCUGGGCUUUAUUCAGGAGCUGGCUUCAGGCAACUAUGAAAGAUGUUUUCCCUCUUCCUAAAACAGGACUAUUGGCCCUAUCUGACAACGAACAGAAAGAGACUGAGCAAGCUUGUUUACUGAGCAUUUCUGCCUCCUAGUGCAGAAGCGCUGAUUAACUUGUCAACUCCCCUAGGAAGAGAGUGUUCCUCAGUUAGAACUCCUCUCAAUUUCUCAUCAUACAGCAGUGAUGAGGGGGAGUAUUUCAAAAGACUGGAAGCACAAAGCUUCCAGUCCCCAGUUCCUCGUUUCUUUUGUGUGAGAUGAGCGCAUUUCUGAAAGGAUGAGGGGAGCUCUAACGACACUGUGCUGGGAGAAAAUACCAAGGAGUCUAUUUUUCAAAUGCAGAAUGUGGUUAAAACUUUAAAGAAAUCCCAUGGUAUAAGUAAAUCCUGUAGCACAUGGCCCAAUCUCUUUAAAGGUUCACACUUCCAAAGCAGGAUUUUGCAGUUCAGCAUCAGUAUCAUAUAACGUCUUCAUUGUGCUUACCCUCCUGAGUCAGUGUCUGUGCCUUCCAGCCAGGCUGCACACACUCAGCCUUUCCUACAGUCCUUGCUCAGGAGCUCAGAGCAUUUCUCAAGCAAUGAGGUGUCUGUUUCCAUGGGUCAGCCCUUUCAAACUGUAGAUCCCACAGGUCACCAUCACAUCACCUUCAUGUUUCAACAAGGAUCAAAGGAGACAUGCUGAGAUGAGUUUCUCAGGACUGCAACUCUCUGUAACCAUUGCACCAUGGCACCUCAGCCAAGUCCUUUUUUUGCCUCUGUUGCUGCUUUUAUCUGCCUGUCACGUGGCCUGAGGCAUUUUCCAGUUCCUGCAGCCACCUUCCACACUUUGCAUUGUGUGAUGGGCACCUGCUUCCAGCAUAACUCCCUAAAGUCCUUUGGAGGGAGAUAUUCACUUGCCCA